AGGACAGACUGAGGAGACGUUUUAACAAUGAAAUCUCUACCUUUGCUAGCCUGUUUUUUGCCUCUACUUUCUGCAACAGUUGUUCUAGAUUUUAAUCACAUCGAGAGAUGUAAGGACUCCCUGUACAUGGGGACACCACCGCGGGGCUUCACCGACACCAACCUGAAGAGGAUCUGCCAACGUUAUGCCGACAGACCACGCUAUGUGACCCUGUACGACCCCCAGAAGAGGAUUCCAGUUUACUCAGCUUAUACGUUCAAGAAAACAGAGGGAGACAGGCGCGUGGACUACCCAUGGAUGUAUGAGCCACAGCUGGCAGAAACUGACGGGAAUGGAAACAUGCAGCCCUUCCCCACUGGCUACCUGCACAUGAAGUUUGAGGACAGCCAGGCUGUCCUGGAUGACUACUCUGACGUGGUCCUGUACGAGAGGGGUCACCUGAACCCAGACCAGCACCAGUCCACGCCACACGACCGCGCUGCCACCUAUACUCUGACUAACGUGGUCCCGCAGAUCCGCGAGUUCAACAUCGGGCCCUGGCGCGAGUACGAGGAGCGCAUUAGGAUCCGCCUCAAUAACUUCUGCCGCGGCGUGGCCUACAUCGUGACCGGAGUGACCACCAGGGGCAACAUGAUCCGCAGGAACAACCAGGACCGGGUGGCCAUCCCCGAAGAUGUGUGGUCCGCCUACUGCUGCCCAGACUACGACCGCAACUCCCCGCAUGAUGUCCGCGUGCGCUUCCCGACCUACGGAGUCCUGGCCAAGAAUGCUAAAGAAGGAAACAGCGUGCACGAGAUGCCACUGAUGGAACUUGAGAACUUCCUGAAGAAUAAUUUGGAUGUUGACCAGAACCUCCAGGUCUUCUAUGACAACUGCAUCUCCCCUUCACCCCUCCCUCUGUACCUUCAACACACUAUUUAAAAGCUCUAUGGGUUGGGUUGGAUAAAUUGCACUGAAAAAACUGAAACGUGACAAUGAUUAAAUGUAUUCUGUCAACAGAUUUCACAAAACUGUAUUGGGUUAGUUGAAAGCAAUUAGUUUAAAUACAAAAUAUUUGGUUCAACUUAAUAUUAUUGUUUUCAACUAACCUAAAACAAUCUGUUGACAGAAUACAUUUAAUUAAAGUCAACGUUUCAGUCUUUUCAUCGGUUAUUGUCAUAUUUCACAGUUAAGUUCAUUCAAAAUUCCUCUUGCAGCUUAGGUAUUCUUCAAGGGGAAAAUGUUUGAAUAACUGUUUUCUUUCAUAAUCUGUCCUUUUAUCCAAAAUGAAUAAAGCAACACAUUUCGAGCAGCUUUGGAGAGGGAAUAACAUGUGUGGGAGGCUAUUCAAAUUGGCUUCUUUAAUAAAGUAUAUUUAUUCACUCGA